UCGGUCAUCAGUGGACGUCAUAUUUUUGCGUCCAAACGUGUGGGAACGUCGAGACUUUUCACAGAUUCCGAAGUCUUCUUUGUACUGCAAAUAUGGCUCGAAAUGCAGAAAAGGCCAUGACGGCCUUGGCUCGCUUUAGGCAAGCCCAACUAGAGGAAGGCAAAGUUAGGGAAAGAAGACCAUUUCUUGCAUCAGAAUGUAAUGAGCUUCCUAAAGCAGAGAAAUGGAGACGCCAGAUCAUCAGUGAAAUUUCCAAAAAAGUGGCACAGAUUCAGAAUGCUGGUCUGGGUGAAUUUAAGAUCCGAGACCUCAAUGACGAAAUCAACAAGCUACUCAGAGAGAAGGGCCACUGGGAGGUUCGGAUCAAAGAGCUCGGUGGACCAGACUACGGGAAAGUGGGGCCAAAAAUGCUUGACCAUGAGGGCAAGGAAGUUCCAGGAAAUCGAGGAUACAAGUACUUUGGCGCUGCAAAAGACCUGCCCGGUGUCCGAGAGCUGUUUGAGAAAGAGCCCGCCCCUCCACCACGAAAGACCCGAGCCGAGCUGAUGAAGGACAUUGACGCCGAGUACUAUGGUUACCGAGACGAGGAUGACGGCGUGCUGGUACCCCUGGAGCAGGAGUAUGAGAAGGAGGCCAUAGCGGAGGUUGUGGCUAAAUGGAAAGCCGACAAAGAGGCGCGUCUCGCCGGAGGCGGUGGAGGAGAGAAAGAGGAAGAGGAAGAGGAGGAGCACCUCUACGCCGUCCAAGCUGAAGAGCACUCGGAUGAGGAGACCCGGGAUCAGAUGGAGGGGGAGGAGGGCAUUCAGACCUUCAUCGCUCACGUACCUGUGCCCUCACAGAAAGAGAUUGAGGAGGCCUUGGUGAGGAGGAAGAAGAUGGAGCUGCUUCAGAAGUACGCCAGCGAGAACUUGAUGGCACAAAGCGAGGAGGCUAAAGCACUACUUGGGCUGUAGUCGUCUACUCUUUCCUGUGUGUGUGUGUGUGUAUGUGUGUGUGUGUUGGACAGAGCGAGUGAACGUGUGUUUGUUAGAGAGGGUGUGCGUGUGAAAGGGUGUGAAAGGGUGUGAGAGAGGACGUUGAAGAGUGUGUGAAAAAAUUCAAAAUGAUGUAAUAGCUAGCGGAGAAGUGUGAUGAAAGAGGACUGUUUUAAAUGUGAAACAUCUUUGUUGCCAUCUCGCUCACCCAAGUGUCAAUGGUGGAAUAUCUCGCUGUAAAUAUCUGUUUUGUAUACAUUUCUUUUGCUGAGUAAACUAUUUUCUACGAAAUGUAAA